CAUAAGUAAAGGAAAUCCGAAUCCCAAAAACCCACAUCAGACGACGCAUUUCCUUCUACUUAUUAUUCAAUUUUGAACAGAACUUUUCACCUCAAAACUUCAUAUUUUCCUCAAGUCCCCAAUUUUCUUUCAUAAAUGGACCGCUCUCAAAAUCUCGUCCACCGCCAUUUCACCAAAUUUUCGCUCAUUCUACUGAUUUUCUUCUUCACAUUAAUAUUACAUGCCCAAGCCAGAAAACUACCACAGACGGAUCCAAGUUUCAAGACAGUGGAAGAAGAGAAGACAAUGUGGCGGGUCCGGAUCGGGUCAAGCCCGCCCCGUUGUGAGCGGAUAUGCGAAUCUUGCAGGCACUGUGAGGCCGUUCAAAUUCCUACCACAAACCCACAAGUUAAGGCCCGAAUCCAAAACUCAAGCUCGAAUGAUGAUACCACCAAUUACAAGCCCUUGAGCUGGAAAUGUAAAUGUGGGAAUCUCAUUUUCAACCCUUAGUGUGUGUCUGUAUAUAUGUAUAUUUUAGUUUCUUUUGUCUUAAAUUUCGNUUUGGUCUUCUUCUAAUGUAAUGAUGGUUUUGUCCUUAGGAAAGUCUGUUUUCUACC